UAAUUUCAGUAUUUCAUGAAGGGCGAUCGUCAAAAUAAUAAGACUAUGCGAAGGAAAGGAGAGUAAUUCGUGAAAUAAAAGCAAUGUUCAAGGCGAAUUUUCCUGAUGUUUCCGAUUAGAUUUCUUCGGAAACGUUGGGUACUGGCUGUGAUAUUCCUUCUGUCAGUAACAUAUUAUUUAUAUGAGACGUCGCGUCAGGUCCCAAUCACCAUCUCAGACCAGUUCCAAGAUGUGGUACCCACACCACAGCAGAUAUCAUUAAGGACCAGGACUAGCGCAAAACUCAAGUUUAAUCUCACAUCCUGCAGGAAUUCACGCCAGGGAAAAACAUUUGUGGUCGAUGAAAAAGCAUAUGUAUGCUCAUGGAAAGAUCUGCUAGCUAACGGUUGCUGUAACCCAGAGGCUAAAUCCAGCUCACUUCACAAUUGUAAUGGGUGCUCAAAGAAUGGAUGCUGUGUUAUGUACGAGCGUUGCGUAUCAUGCUGCAUGCAUCCAGAAAAGGAACGCGUUUUACAGGACAUGUUGGGAAAGGCCAGUCACACAUUCCGGUUAUUAUUUCAGUCAGUAGCUGAUCAUUUUGAGCUCUGUCUAACUAAAUGUCGCACCUCAUCCCAGAGUGUUCAGCAUGAGAACACCUACAGAGACCCUGAUGCCAAGCACUGCUAUGGAGAAAUUCAACCAGAACUCAAGCUCAACUCAUAACCUCCGUGUGACCUCAUGACCUCAACUAUAAGGUGACCAAGCCUUCAGGGAUAUUGUUCAAUUUCAGAAGAAUGGUUCACAAAAGUAUUCAAUGUUUAUGGGUGUUCAUUCCAUGGUUGCAGAUAAAGGGAUUGUCAGCUUAUUGUUUCACAUUGAUUGGGGGGGGGGGGGAAUAUGUUUUUUUUUUAAAGUUUAGAUGGCCUCAGCAUACACAAAAGUACUGAGUUAAAAAUUUCUCCCUGAUUAAAUUUAAAUGAAAUUUUCAAAAUGUAACUUGCGAGCAACAACUUUAAAAUGGUUACUGAUACAUGUAUGUUUUUUUUCUCACCAUAUCAACUAUACAUACACAUGUACAUGUCAAUUUAUACACAAUUUAAGAUAAAUGAAAGUUAAAAAGAUCCUCUCAAGAACCAUGUUUUGGACACGCAACUCUUGUCAUUGCAUUAUCUAUUUGAUAGCAAUCAGUGCAUAGACUUUGCAUGCAUUUGUGAACCAUAGUCUACUCUCGGUUGUGUUUAAGAAGUUUAUAUUGCCAAAUUUUUAAACUGAGUGUGCUUUUAUAUUACAUUUUAGCUUCAAUAGUUUGACUAACACAUAUAAUUUUCUUAAUGACUGUGUUUAUUCCUUGUAUUAAGAUGUAUGUAUAAGGAGAAGUUUUGUCCAAAUUCAAUUGCUGUACAGAAAACAUAAUGACAGUAUUGUUCUUGUUUAGUUUAGAAAGUCAAAAGUAUUACGAAUUGUUUUCAUUGAUAAAAAAUGAUAGACAUCAUGUUUACAAAAGCCUGGUGAUAAUUGUAUCACUCACUCCUCUCUUGCACAUACGCAUGACGAAAACAAAAAUAUUUCGAACAAAAAAACGCAAUAUCCCAGGAAAAUGGGCAGGAUCCUUAUUUAUUGUACAUGUCGAUUUUAUAGUGAACACCCCCCCCCCCCCCAAUGUCACUCUGUACAGUUCAUAUGGAUACACCUUGGCUUUUCACUGUCAUCUUAUUCAGCCAUGUUUAUCACUCACUCAUUUAUGUUUGGCAGAUUUCAUGCAUGGUGUUUCUGCUUUCGUUUAUUUUCCUGUUACUAACUGGAUGUUUGCUGUUUGGGGGAUAUUAGUUAUACUUUGGAGUCAAUAUUUAAACUUAAUUGUACUGUUGCAGAAUAUUCCAUUAUGAAAAUUUAGCGCGACCAUUCCUAGUUCGGUAUGUGUAAAUAAGAUCUACAGGUACAUGUACAUGUAGAUCAGAAAUGCUUUGCUUGAAGAUUCAUAAAACAUGGACAUUUGCAUGUACUGUUCUUUCACUUGAUCUGAAUUAAUUACACCACUCCACUUGAAGCAGUAAAAUUUUGACUGUGCUUUUAGUCCGGCAUCUUUACUUUGUAUUUAGAAGUAACAUGAGAGCAGGGCUCUGUUUAAAUUGUCAUCAUUAUCACAACUCGUACAUUAUAAUGUGUGGUCUGUUCCUACUUUCUUUCUCUUUCUCAGUCCACAGCUUUGUCUGUAACAUGUUCUUGCCAAAAUAGUUAUGUUGCGGCAUCAGAAUAAAUUAUUUUCCAAAUAAAGUUGCAUGAAAAGUUCUAUAAAUCACCAAUUGUUCAGGGAUUUUAUUGGUUAAACAAUAAGGGCAGACUUUUGUAUGAGCUUUAAAAGGGGCUAAACUCUAUUUUGUGGGGAAAACCAUGUCAAUAUAUAAAUUUAUAUAGACAGAAAAUAUAGAUUUUUAAGACAUGUAUUGUAGUCUUACAUGUGACUCCCUUUUGUUUUUGGUGAUUUUAUAAUUUAAUUAAUUCAAGACAUAUAUAUAUAGAUAUUCUUUUACACCAAAGUUUUAUAAAUCUGAUAGUAUUUUUCAAGUUUUCCGCUACUUAUUUCUUGUCGAUGUUACAUGUUAUUGGCAUCACAAUCACAUUCUGUUUAAUUUUUCAAGGGAGUGUAGAUUUAUAUUUUACAAGAACAUGUACAUCAUAAAAUUGAAGAGCUUUCAUCAUUGAUACGAUGGUUUUAGUUUCCACCACUGUAGAUAGGAACACUGAUUUCUUAAAAUCUGUGAAUUAUUUAUUGUUAAUUAUUAAGUAUAUGUGAAGAUCUUGUAAAUAGAGCAAUGAUGAGUCUCAAAUAACUCCUAUCAUUGAUGUACAUACUGUAAAUAGCCAUUAUUUAGCCAGAAAAUAUAAAAUACAAAGCUGAAUUUUGCACUUAUUGAAUCCGUUCAUUUCUAUUGAUUGUUGAGACAGAUUUUUCUAUUGUAAGUACUCUUGUUAGGCUGUCAUUUUCUUUACUCGUUCAUGGACCAACUGCAUGCACAUGUUUGAAAGCCAUAUCAUGCGGUAAUGGAGAAAUAAAUCCCAAAUUAUGAAA